AAUACAAGCGAACAGCAUCACCAUUGUAUUCCGAUCGAUUCAAUUUAGGGUUUCCCACGUUGUUUGCGAAAUGUGGGAUCAUGUACGUUUUCCUUGAAGACUGUCUCGAGAGAUUGGAAAUUGGACUUUGAUAACAAAUCUGACGCAGCGCUCAGUUUGCGUCACUUCUAAUUGCAAAUUUCUUGAUGGAUUGGUUACGCACACAUUUUAUUAAAGCGAUAUACAACGUCUCCAGAAGGCAAAGAUUUCCAAUGAUCUUUGAAUUGUCUUCUCAUGUAUGAAGAAUCUUCCUGAGACGUUGCCGAGCAUAUUCGUUACACCCUUUCUAGGCCACACUCAGGAGUUGAUGAACUUGAAAGCAACCCUUAUCUCUUAAGCAUCUUUUGUUAGAACUAAGUCAACUAAGACAAUGACACCGAUGAGAUUAAUGAUAUUGAUGUGACAAUGACACCCCAAUUCGCCUUUGAAAUUUAGACAAAGCGCGUCUGUUAAGAUUAUUUUGGUUGGUAAUGAUUCUAGUCAGCCUUACAACAGUAGGAGGUCUCGCGAGUGACAGCGACAGCGGCUCCUGAAAUGUUAGAUGGAAUGUAAUGAAUUGUCUUCGGUUGAGCUCUGUGAGCCUUUUGAGUAUGUGCUUAAGGUUUGGAUCCUCAGGUUUUGCAGAUCAUUUGCAAGUAUUUAUAAGUUCUCAAUCCAAACGCUAUGUCUGAACAGGAAAAUUCGGCUCCGAAGUCUGGAACUUUUCAAGUUUCAGAGGGUGAACACAAGUCUUUGCAAGGCAUCGAAUCUUGGUCAUUUGACGUCUUUCAAGUCGAGGAUGAUCAGCUACCUAUGUUGGUGGAAAAGAUCUUUCGAAGCCUCAACAUCUUUAAUAACUUUCCAAUAGAUAUGCACAAAUUUCGAGCGUUCGUCCGUGCAAUGGUAGCACGCUAUCAGCCAAAUCCAUAUCAUUGCUUCCGGCAUGCUUGCGAUGUGCUUCAUGCUGUAUACUUGAUACUUACUCUCGCGGAGGGUGCUCAAAGGCUGAAUCAGAUGGAAAUAUUUGCUGUGGCCCUGGCAGCUGUGUGUCAUGACGUUGAUCAUCCUGGGCUUACUAAUGCAUUUUUGGUUGCUGCUAGUGAUCCUAUCUCACUCAGAUAUAAUGACAAGGCUGUCUUGGAAAGUCAUCAUGCUGCCACUGCGUUCCUUACGAUGCGGGGGCAUGACAAUGUGAAUAUCAUGUUCUCACUGGAUGAACCUCACCAAAGGCAUUUGAGGAGACUUGUUCUAUCCUGUAUUCUUGCAACAGAUAUGGGUGUGCAUGCUGAGAUUAUCAGUUCUUUCACAGGACGGUUGAAUGAUCGUCGGCCCUUUGAACUUUCUGCGCCAUACACUCCUCCUGGACCGAUGCCCUCAAAGGCUCCUGAACCAAGUGAUACAGGGGACACAAAAACAUUAAGGGCUGAUGAGGCGUCUAUGAGUUCAAGUGCUGCACCUCCGAAUGAUGGCAACACCAAUCAACCGCCACCAGAACUCAAAUCCCCAAAUCCGAAAUAUCUGCUACCACCUCUUACCAGCAGCUCUGACGUUAUGUUGUACAUGCAAAUGAUAAUCAAGUGUGCAGAUCUUAGCAAUGUCGUCAAACCGUUCUUUUUAUCCAAACGGUGGUCAGCACUUCUUCUGUUGGAAUGGUUUAGACAAGGAGACAUAGAGAGAGAACUAGGCAUGCGUGUCUCCAAGUUUAUGGAAAGGAGUGAGCCUACAACUCUCAUGGAUAUGACUAUUGGGUGCAUUGACUUUGUUGCUAAGCCCAUGUUUGAAGCUACUGCAGUUCUUCUUCCACAUCUCCAUGAUGAAGCUCUUGCUAACCUCACAUUGAAUCGAAGCCUUUGGAGCAGUUUUAGCAUGGGCGGCCGACGAGGCUCUGAGGUAGCUAGGAAUAUUCUCGGGCCGUUUCUGCCCCCGCCAAUUACUAUUGAUGGGAUAGCGGAGAAGUUUGGCGAAGCUGCUGUGAAAAUGGAUAUCUCAUCAAGCUCUCUGCAUUAUGAUAUGUACUUGCCAGGUGUUGAGAAGGAAUCUCUUCCCAUGGCUCCAUUGCAACUACUCCCAACAUUGUCUCCAGAGGAACCUACUCCCUUGAUCAAUGAAUUACGUAUGGAUGAGCAUCAUCCUUCACUUCUAGCGCUUGAUUCUAGCGGCGAUAAAAGUCAAUCAAUCAACAAAGGUCCACUCAGACAGGACCGUGAAUCUUCAAUCUUAGGUGGAGCAGCCCCUUUGAGUUUAUUGCGUGUCAACAGAAAUGCUUCACUUGAUGCCAGCUCAGGCGAUGGUAAUAACUUAGCUCUCAGAAGUUUUGUGGCACUGAGGAGGAAUACAGUAGAUGAAAGGAAUAGAAAACCGAGCUCCAUUUCUCUUCCACCUCCUGGAUAUAAAGGAACAGAAAUGAUGACAGAUCCCUCAAAAAAUGUCGCUCUAGAUAUUCAGUCUCUGGCCUUUAUUCAAGAUUCUGCUUGGGAUAAUCGCAAAUUUUGGGACAGCAUAAGACGACAUCCAAACGGAAAACAACUCCAUGCAUUCUUGGAAUCAAGGUUAUGGAUUUCCAUCAAUAUAAUUGCUACAUUUGUGGCAAUGUUUGCAAACGAUUUUACGAAAGCAAUUCUGCCAAAAGCAGCAGAUGCUUAUGAGACUCACAUCUUGAGUAUAUGCUUAUUCAUUUUCUUUCUUGAGAUUAUAAUGCUCUCAAUUCUUUCACAGGGCUACUUCCUUGGUUUUUUCUUUUGGCUUGAUUUGAUUGGAAGCGUUUCACUUCUGACAGUUAUUACAAACGUUUACACUCAAAAUCUUGUGAUUGCAAGGACUGGAAGAGCUGUCAAAGCAAUGAAUCGAUUGAGCAAGUCCAUGCAAGCUACGCCUUUGUCUAGCAUGUUCCCAAUUACUUAUAUCCUAAAGGUCUUUCAUUACAAAAACGUUGUAGUAGAUGACGACGAGGAUGAAUAUUUUCAUGUAGUGUCUUCAACGAAACCAAGUCAAGUUUGGACUGAGCUUUCGGAGCUAACAGCUCAAAAGCUUAUAAUUGGUCUGUUGGUUAUGAUGAUCGUGAGUCCUUUAUUUCGAGACAACCACCGGGACUUGGGACCUAAAAUGUCCCUCAACACUCUUGAUGAAUUCCAUGGUUGUACUGCUCAUUUCAAUGAGACCAUAGACAGAAUUCAGACUUUCAAUAUGCUACAUGGCUACAAUCUUCUAUAUAUGGGUAUCAACGGGAUGUGUUGUGGAGUUUCUUGUGCACUUGAUAGCGCAACCAAUUUUAUGCAGAUUGUUCCAUCUAAGGGUGCAGACGGUAAGAAAGAGGCACAAUUGGAAUAUCGUACUGUGGAACUCAAAUCUGUGCUAAGUGACAGCAAUCGAACUGAGGCCUUGUAUUCCAUCCGCAGUGAAUUGCGAACCAAGCAUGCCCUAAAUAUGGCAAUGACGGUACUCUGGUUGAUUAUUCUUGGUGCUUGGUCCUUCGUCUUGAGUAAUGAUUCCAAUCGAUUGCUGAUUCAGCCAAUUGAACGCAUGGUAGAAAUUGUGAAGGAGCUUUCGGAUGAUCCUGUCUCUUUUGCUGCAAGAGCCAAUGUGAAGCAACCAGCAAUAAGUAGUGUUGGACAGGUGAUGGAAACGCGAGUGGUAGAAGCUGCUCUUGUAAAGAUUGCAAGCCUGUCAAAGGUGGCACUUGGGGAUGCUGGCAUGGAUAUUUUAUCUGUUAAUCUGAAAGGAGGCAGUGAAUUCAAUCCUAUGAUUCCUGGGAAAAAAAUUCGCGCAUGCUUUGGCUUUUGCGACAUCCGAAACUUCACAGAUGCCACUGAAUGUCUUCAAGAAGACGUGAUGAUGUUUGUCAACAAAAUUGCUGAUGUGGUUCAUAACAAGGUAGUCUUCCAUUCAGGUUUUCCAAACAAGAACAUUGGAGAUGCAUUUCUACUUGUUUGGAAGAAAAGUGCGGCUGAUAAUAUUCAAAAGACACGCGGCACUAAUUCAUUUGCUGAUCGUGCGCUUCAAUCUUUUUUGGAUAUUAUCCAAUGUAUAGAGACAUCUCAAACUUUAGCUGAAUAUGCGAUGCAUCCAGCAAUUCAGAAGCGAAUGCCUGGAUAUAAAAUACACAUGGGAUUCGGCCUUCAUGUUGGAUGGGCUAUUGAAGGUGCAAUUGGCUCAGCUCACAAGGUUGAUCCUACGUACUUGUCACCACAUGUAAAUGUCUCCUCGCGACUGGAAGCAGCAACAAAACAAUAUGGUGUGAUGAUGUUAAUCUCGGAGACCGUAGUUGCAGAAUUAACCAAAAGCAGUUUGCGCCACUGUUGCCGCAAGUUAGACCGCAUAACUGUGAAAGGAAGUGCUGCACCUAUCAUUAUCUAUACGUUCGACUUGCCAUUAUUUCAACAGGACCUUAAAGGAAACCCAGCUGAUUAUCGAGCUCUGUUUGAGAACGCGGUUGAUAAUUAUAUUGAGGGAAAUUGGUCAUCCGCUUUGGAGAAGCUUGAGGAGUGCUUGCAACUAUGGCCAACUGAUAAACCCGGCCAUGUUCUUCUCAAUUUUAUGGCCUCACACAACUACAGGAUACCUGCAAGUUGGAAAGGUUACCGAGAACUUACUGAGAAAUAGUGAAUAUAAGUUUUUUUAGGCUUGUACACUAAGAGCAGUUAUAGAGAAGCAUCACUAAUAUGCCUUAUUAACAAUAGAGGUUACGAUUCAGUUAUUAUUGAUGCAAAUCGUAUGCUUUAUAGCUUGAUGACCACCUGCUAGUAUGGGCAAGUGAGGUGAAAGAAAAACUUUGCUUCCUUUUCACCUUGUGUGCUCUCUCUUAGAAGCGACAAAUUUAAGUUGCAGAGACAACAGUUCAAUUUAAGUUGCAGAGACAACAGUUCAAUCA